AUGGCGGCCGCGGCUCAGGCGUUGAGCUGCUCGGGGCUGCUGCUGGCCGCCGCCGCCCUGGCCCUGCUGACCGUGGCCAUCGGCACCGACUCCUGGUAUGAGACCGACGCCCGGCGACACCGGGAGCGCUGCCGGGGUUUCGGCCACAAGCGCAACGCCAAUAGCAACGACCCGCCGGGUUCGAUGUCAGCGCCCAGCCCUCAUCUUCCACUCCGCGCCCGACCGCCUCGGGCCCUGGUGGCCGGCCAGACUCCGCCGUCGGCUCGGCUCCCGGUUGCUGCGGCUGCCCUGGAAUCGCAGUGCGGCCGCCGCUUCAACUCCACCGUCUCCGGCUUGUGGCGGCGCUGUCAUCGCGCAGGCUUCGAACCCGAGAGCGAGGAGCUUAUCCGGAAAGGAGUCAUUCAACGAUGCACAGCUGUGAAAUACCAUUACACAUCAUCUUCCCUGCCACGCAACUUGCCUAUGAAUGUUACCAAUACCAUCCGCCAGGAUGAAUGGCACGCUCUCCACCUGCGGAGGAUGACAGCUGGCUUCAUCGGUAUGGCAGUGUCCAUAAUCCUCUUUGGGUGGAUCAUUGGCAUGCUGGGUUGCUGUCAACAACAUGAGCUCAUGCAAUAUGUAGCUGGACUGCUCUUCCUUAUGGGAGGGACAUGCUGCAUCAUUUCCCUUUGCACGUGUGUGGCAGGGAUAAAUUUUGAGUUGUCUCGCUACCCUCGCUACGUUUACGGAUUACCAGAGGACAUCAGCCAUGGCUAUGGCUGGUCCAUGUUCUGCGCGUGGGGCGGCCUGGGACUGACGCUGCUGGCCGGAUUCUUAUGCACCCUCGCUCCCUCUCUCAAUACCCCUCGGACUGUUGUACAGAAACCCAGACAGGAAAAUGGAGCUGUGUGAUGUGGGGAAUACCAGCCAGUCUUAUUAGCCCACUGCCCGUUACCAGAACACAGUGUGGACAUUUUGAGAUCUGCAAACCAGGUUGGAACUAAGGGGUUCUAUU